ACUGCUGCUGCAAAAAUCCAUUUUCGGCGUACAGUUUGAAGUCACUAUUUCUUUAUCAACAACCGAAAGACCAUGAAAAAGGAAAGCGGGGAUAAAAACGUGUCACGCUAUUUCACGUGCAAUGGGGUUAACGCGACUCAUAUUAGAUUUGUGUACUCUGUGGACGACGUCGCGCAACGUGACUUGCCCAGUUACAAGCCAACCCAUUGCCACCAAGUGUACAAUUCCGACGAAACAAUAUUCGGAUAUCGCAGUUUGUCCGUCGAUAUUUACUACAACGCACUCACGAUGAACUGUUUACUCGACAUUCGAUAUUUGAAGAAAGUGAAAGAAGACGCUCAUACAAAAGCAGACAACAUAGAGAAGAUGCUGAGUCCUUGGUUACCGAAGGGAUAUACUAAAGAUAAGAAAAAAUUCGUAACAAAAAUGCAAAAACAGAACUCUAAGUUGCUAGGAGUCGUUCGAGAGAGUUUUCGAAAAAAUAUAGCUGGCCGAGGAAGAUGCGACUUCAAAAUUACAGAAAUUGAUACAAACGACCCGGAUUUUCGGGAUUUACAUCAAAGAUUCCAGAGUGUUAUAGUUUGGUACAUUGAUGCCGCGAGUUUCAUAGAUCUCAGUGAUCCCAAGUGGUUGAUCUUCUACCUGUACGAGUACAGAAAUCGUGAAUAUUAUCCAGUGGGAUUUUGCACGAUCUAUCAGUUCUACAAACAUCCUGGAAAGAUAAGAGCACGAAUUUCGCAAUUCCUGAUUCUGCCUUCACAUCAAAGGGCAGGAUUGGGAACAAGACUUCUCAAAGCAGUGUAUAGAACAUUUUGGGAACGACAAAAUAUCGCAGACAUAACAGUGGAAGAUCCAUCCCUGGGAUUCCAACGGAUGAGGGACAUUGUGGACUGUAACCUGUUGUGUGAACUUUACCAAUUUAGCAAUUUGUACGUGUUGAAGCACACGUUUUGUAGAAAUACCGCCGAAAGUGCCGAAAACAGGUACAAGAUAUGCUUUCAACAGUGUAGAAGGAUCUAUGAGAUAUUGAAUUUGUGUUACGCGGGUAAUAGGCCCAAAUUUUUAACGGAAUGGUGUAGAAGAGUUAAGCAAAGACUGAAAUGGCCAUACGAGCGAGACAUGCGCGUUUUUAAAAGGAAAAAUUUCGGUUUUUACCACAAAUCUUUACUGAAUCAGAGACCGCUCUAUGCGAAACCGUCAGAAGUUAUCGACAAGCAGUUUAAGAAGUAUCUUGAUGAGAUAUUUCCAAUUGUACUCAAAUUAGAGAAGAUGAACGGGGGUGAAGUUGUUAAGUAUCCAAGUGUAGUAAGAAGAAUCUGGACUAGAAUGCUGUAAACUGAUUAUGGGAAUCAAUACAUAUUUACAAUUUCUUUUCGUUUUUACACAUGUGUAGAAUUUUAUUAUAAAUAAUUUAUGAUUACGAUAAAAAGA